AUGACUGAUCCAACGGACUAUUCACACAUCUUUCUAAGUCAAUGGUUUCCCAAACUCCCCUGGACCAUUGUCGAAGAUAUUCUCCGCAGACUCCCGGCCGAACUCAUCAGCGAGACGCUUUUGCAUGUUCCGUUUCUUCGCAAGUUCAUCAUUGAACUAUUCUACACCAACGAGAUCCAUCUCAUCCUCUCUCCGGCCAGAAGACCGCAUUUGUGUGUUUCGGAUGGUCAGAAACAGGAACUCAUCGAUAUCACCACGUUUGGCGAGAUCGACGAUUUUCUAUCGCUCAAUCCAGACAUCAAUCCGGACAUAGUGAAGGUGAUAGCCAACCAGGACUUCCGCUCGUUGGAGGAAUUGUUGACGAAACAUCGCGAGCGGUUUGCCCGCUGCAAGAAUCUACAGGUCUAUGUGGAUGACUACGAGUUCACCGAGACCGACUUGGCGUUCCUCUUCUCAUUCAGGAAUCUCCUGAAGUUCCAGACGUCAAGAGUGAAACUCAGGCGAACAAAGAAAGCGUUAUCGGCGUUGAUGCUGUCGCUGGUGAAUUUGAAAGAUCUCGUCUUGUUGGGCCAUGAAGUUUCGAAUUGGUCCGAGGUCACCUUCCCUUCUAAUUUGUUGCAUCUAGAUCUCUCAUGGUAUUCGGCCUUAGACCAUGCCUCAGUCAGGCUUCCUGAAUCUUUAGAACAUUUGUAUUGGAACCAAGUGGGCUUCUAUGAUUCCACCUUCGAUUCGGUUGCAUUCCCUUGUAAUCUCAAAACCCUCAUGUUAACUUACAAUAGUCUUCACGAGCUCAAUGUAUCUCGGCUUCCACAGACCCUUGAAACCUUAGACCUUUCGGCAAACAGUCUACAGAGGUUUGUCUAUGAUGCAAGUAAUCCCAGAUGGCCGCCGAUGUUGGAAUCGAUCCUAUUGAACAACAACAUCAUCGGCGACGACACGCUCAAACAGCUCCAGCAAAUAGAGUGGCCGCGAAAUUUGCGCAACUUGCGCUUGGAUAUGAACUCCUUCACUACUCUCGAGUAUCUUGAUACGUUGCCAGAGGGCUUGACGUAUUUGGAUUUGUCGGAUACCGCCCUUCGCACAUUGGAGGUGAAGCACAACCAUGAUGAGUAUCCAUACUUCAACUUUCCCGGUUCGUUGGAUGUGCUUAAUAUACAAUGCUGUAGAGAUUUGAGGUAUGAGGCUAGAUCUUCUGCUUCGUCAUCUGUACAAUCAAGGAUCAAAUUUCCCGAAAAUCUUCGGACUCUAAACAUGACGGAGGCGAAUUGUGAAGACCUCGGCAACUUCAUAUUUCCCAAAACACUCAAGUCUCUCUCGCUAGCUGGAAAUCGCAUUAGGGAUAUCAACUCUUACAACUUGACUCUUGACGGAGUUGAAAUUGUGCAUUGGUCUCAUUUGAAAAACCUAAGGGAGCUUGAUUUGUUCUACAAUCUCAUAUCAGAUCUCAAAAACUGGCAUCCUCCAAUUAACUUAAAGGAUCUCAGCUUAAGGAAAAACGAGUUCAAGAUUCUCUCCUCUAUUGACACUCCUUUAUUCGAUUCAAAGUUCAGGGACAAGUUCAACAUUCAGGUAUUAAACUUCGACGAGAACCAAAUCCAUACGUUGGACCAGAAUCUCUGUCUUCCCAACAGCGUCAAGUGUUUUACUCUAUGGGGCAAUGCAUUGUCACAGUUCAAUUUCACCAAGGCAAUCGGUGACCAUCCGAAUCUUGAUAGGUUAGACUUGACCCUCAAUCAAAUCGAAAAGCUCUCAAUUGUGCCUUCUGAUGCUCAGUAUCUGUCUCAUUUGACUUCUUUGGAUUUGACAGGCAAUGAGCUAAUUGGCAAAUCUAUGACAAUCGAUAACUUCUACGCACUUUUGAAACAGCUAGACAUCACACCACUACAGCACAAGCGCAACCUCAAGACGAUCCAUGUGUUCAAGUAG